AUGGCAGAUUUAAUCGCCUUCCAUAAUUAUUAUUCACACCAAGGUUUCCUCUCGCCGUCAAACAUGCUUCCACGCCCAACCAGCCACAAGCGGUCCCUCUCAUCUGGGAAUAGGUCCGCAUCACCCGAUCGCCAGGUUACGAAGGCCAAGUCUACAAAUGAUCUUUCACGAGUCGCGAAUCCUCCAGCCCCGGCCGUUCGCUCUUCAAGCGAAGGUGGAGACGGUUUCAGCACUUUGAAGGACCCGAGACUUAUGCCCACCUCUGAAUCACCAGAGACCCCUACGCCGCCCUCACAUCAUCCGGAUCUUAAUGACGAAGUUGCAACGCUGAGUUUGAAACUUGUCCAAGCGAUCAAUAACCAAACGAAACUCGACGACACGUUAGUUGCCACCCGCCAAGAGUUAGAGCAAGCCCAGGAAAAGGCCCGCGCGCUAGAGUCGGAAAACGAGCAAUAUUGGCGAGACAUUCAAGAUGGAGCACUCGUUAAGAAAGCCGAUGUCGAUCUGUUAAAAGCGUCCUUGGCAGAGGAAAAGGCUCAGCGUAUUCUGGCGGAGAAGGAGAAAAAAGGCAUCGAGCAGGAACUAGAGACUCUCACUGCGGCUCUAUUCGAGGAAGCAAACAGGAUGGUUGCUGCUGCCAAGCUCGAGCGCGAAGCUGUCGAGAAGAAAAAUGAGCAGUUGCGUUCGCAAAUCAAAGACACAGAAUUACUUCUCGCCUCGCACCAGGAGCAAUUAACAGAACUGAAAUCGGUCCUUCAAUUGAUGAAUAUCUCCAAAGACGAUCUUGAUGGCCGCACUGCAAUUUCCACCGCACCACCUUCUCCGGCCGGUGCCUCGCAACCCCCCAUGUUUCCCAGGAAGAGUAUGGAAGCUACAGAUCUCCCUGGCGACGUUGUAUGCGCUGAGAUAGCUCCAGGGCCUGCUACCAGCUUCCCUGAUCUCAUCAAGGUUGUAUGCCGAACUGAUAUACAAGCUUACGAAGAUUUCCGGGAGCUAUUCAGUGCGGCAAAGAGCUCGAAGCCACCAAGUAGAGCCACCAGUGGGUCAUAUUCUGGAUUGAAUGUCAUGAGCUUGGCCAGCAGCUUCAGUGGCGCGGGGUUCGGUUCAGCCGCGUCGUCGCCUGCGAAAUCUCAGCCUCAUUCUCCCAGUGGGAGUGUCUCCUCGCCACAGCCUCUUACCUCUAGCAUUCCCCUAAAGGACUCUCGUUUCUACAAGCGCGCACUUCUGGAGGAUAUCGAACCUACUUUAAGGCUUGAUACCGCUCCCGGGAUAUCCUGGCUCACCAGACGAACCGUGUUAUCUGGUAUCUGUGAAGGAAGCCUUGUGGUUGAACCCGUGCCACCGAAUGUUCGAAAAUACGAAUUUCCUUGUUCUCUCUGUGGCGAACGCCGGAGUGGCACCGACAACGAGCGCACACACCGUUUUCGGACGUCGGAUAGUGAUACGGCGCAGCGAUACCCAUUGUGUGUUCUCUGCGUGGAGAAAGUGCGUUCAUGUUGUGAGUUUACUGGCUAUCUCCGUCUCAUCCUUGACGGCCAUAUCCACGCCGAGGAACCCGAUGAGGUGCAGGAGGCAUGGGAAGAAACAGUUCGCCUGAGAGAAAGAAUAUUCUGGUCCAGAAUUGGCGGCGGUAUCGUCCCCAUGUUUGCUCAAACGAGUGCGCCAGAAGAGCGGCCCGAGCAACAUCAAGCGGACAUAAAUCCGUCCAUCGAGAAGCCCGUGGUGAUGAUUCAGCCGAGCGAAGAUGUUCAGGACAUCAUCAAUCGGGAGAAAUUAGCUAAAACCCCCCAACCUCUCGCCGCGGAUGCUAUGACCUAG